UUUUGGGGCUGCUGAUUGCAAACACGGAAAAGACAAGCAACAGAAGUCAAGCGUGUGUUAGUGCUGUAUUUCAUUUUUCGUCUGCGGUUUUUGUUUUUAUUUUGUUCUUUUUUUCUUUCUAUGGAUUUUCUACAGCUUCUAUCAUGGGCAUGCAUCGUGUUUACUAUACUGAUGUUCUCGUCAGGACUGACGGACCUGAAGAAAAUGAGAGAAGCACGGAGUUCAGAUAACAUUCAGUUUCUUCCUUUUCUCACCACUUUGCUCAACAACCUGGGCUGGCUGUACUAUGGGGCCCUGAAGAAGGAUGGUACCCUCAUCAUCGUCAACAGCAUUGGGGCUGUCCUGCAAGCAUUCUACGUCCUGGCCUACUCCCACUACAGCAGCGACAGGUGGCGCGUGUGCAGGCAGACGCUCGCUGCCGGCUUCCUGCUCGCUGCCGGCUGCCUGUACUUCGGCGUCUUGCUCGCCCAGGGUGAGCAGAAGCUGGCCCGGCUGGGUCUGGCCUGCAGCAUCUUCACCGUCACCAUGUAUGUGUCACCCCUCAUCGACCUGCUGGAGAUCAUGCGCAGUGGCUCCGUCGAACGCCUCUCCUUCCCACUGACUGUGGCCACCUUCCUCACCUCCACCUCCUGGACACUCUAUGGUCUCCAGCUUCAGGACUACUACAUCAUGGUACCCAACACCCCCGGCAUCAUCACCAGCCUCGUCAGAUUCCUGCUUUUCUGGACUUUUUCAGAAACCAGCUCUGUGAAGCCUUCCUACAAGCUGCUGCCACUGUGAAGGAGGAGGAGGAGGGACUCUCAUACUUGUGUCUGUUUUUUUCUUUCUUUUUUAUUCUGGGACAUGGUUUUCGCUUUUGGGAACAGCCUGUCAAUCUGGUAGUAGGAGAGCAGCCUCUGUUCACCGUGGCCAAACAGUUCAGCUGAAUCACUCUUCGUGGAAAUCAUGACCUGGGGCUAAUUUCUGUUCUGAAAGAUUUAAAAUAUGAAAACAUCGUUCUUUUCAGUUAUUUAGGGGCAUUGGUGGCAAGGCUAAAGUUUUUUUUAUAUAUAUAUAUAAAUAUUACAUACUCAGUGAAACAACAGCAUUGUCGAGAGAAAAGGCUGAUUUUCACAUAACUGUAAAUAUAUUUUUUUCAUAUUUUUAAGACUGUACAGAAAUAUAAUGGUAUUUUUCUGUCUUCACAUCUGCAUAAUACCUCCUUGAUGUUAUAUAAAGCUGCCCAUCUAUUUUCUAACCUCUUUUCCUGAUCAGGGUCACCGGGUGUUAUAUCACAUGCUGUGAUAUAUAAUUAUAUACAUAUAAUUAUAAUAUAA